AGCCAUCCACUGCCAAGGAGAGCACUUCGCGUUACCGUCUGCGGUUUUGAAUAUUUUUUGAUUGUGAUCGAUCCAGUGUGUGUGUGAAACGAAAACAUCCCGAAAACCAUGCUGAAAUUCGCUCUUCCCUGCCUGGCCCUGCUGGCCGUGAGUGGAGCUCUGAAGAUCCACGACUACCACCAGGGGCACGAGGAGUACGAGCACCAGGAACACCACGAACACCACGAGCCGGAGCACCACGCCCACUACGAGCCGGAGCACGAGGAGACGGAGCUGCACCACGAGGUGGACCACAAGCACGCCACGUCGCACCAGAGCGUCAAGUUCCACCACUACCACGCCGUGCCCGUCUACAUCAAGAAGGAGGACCAGCACCUGGUGAAGAAGCCCAUCGAGAUCGGGGGCACCAAGCAGAAGUUGAAGAUCCUGCACCCGAAGAGCGAGCACAAUCACAACCACGGCCUGGUGCUCGAGAACCACAGCGAGUCGCACGUCCAUGAGCACGGCCACUACGAGGAGCCGGUGCACCACUCGGAGCACUACGAGCACUACUCGCACCACGAGUAGGCUUCGGAUUCGGAUCGGAUCGGAUGAGCAUGUGGAUUCUGGACCCGAAUCGGGAAUGCCAAAUGAGCUGUAGGGUUUCGCUAGCGUUUAAGUUCUUUCUACAAUAAUUUUCUUGUGUUAAUAAAGCGUUUACCUAGAUAAAGUAUAGACUACCGUCCAA